CUGUGUGAUGUCAUUCUUAUGGUUCAAGAAAGAAAGAUCCCAGCUCACCGUGUUGUGCUUGCUUCAGCCAGUCACUUUUUUAAUUUGAUGUUUACUACAAAUAUGCUCGAAUCAAAAUCCUUUGAAGUGGAGCUGAAAGAUGCAGAACCUGACAUUAUUGAACAGCUUGUGGAGUUUGCUUAUACUGCAAGAAUCUCAGUUAACAGCAAUAAUGUCCAGUCUUUACUAGAUGCAGCAAACCAGUAUCAAAUUGAACCUGUGAAAAAAAUGUGUGUGGACUUCCUAAAGGAACAAGUUGAUGCUUCCAAUUGCCUUGGUAUAAGUGUGUUAGCAGAAUGCCUAGACUGUCCAGAACUUAAAGCCACUGCAGAUGACUUUAUCCAUCAGCAUUUCACUGAAGUUUACAAGACAGAUGAGUUUCUUCAACUGGAUGUUAAGCGUGUGACACAUCUCUUGAACCAAGAUACGUUGACAGUGAGGGCAGAAGACCAGGUUUAUGAUGCUGCAGUCAGAUGGCUGAAGUAUGAUGAGACAAAUCGCCAGCCAUACAUGGUUGAUAUUCUUGCUAAAGUCCGAUUUCCUCUUAUAUCAAAGAACUUCUUAAGUAAAACAGUUCAGGCUGAACCACUUAUUCAGGAUAACCCAGAAUGCCUUAAAAUGGUGAUCAGUGGGAUGCGAUACCAUCUGCUUUCCCCAGAAGACAGAGAAGAGUUAGUGGAAGGUACACGGCCAAGAAGAAAAAAACAUGACUAUCGCAUUGCUCUGUUUGGAGGCUCACAGCCCCAGUCCUGCAGAUAUUUUAAUCCAAAGGAUUACAGCUGGACAGACAUCCGAUGUCCCUUUGAAAAGCGCAGGGAUGCAGCUUGUGUCUUCUGGGACAACGUAGUUUAUAUUUUGGGUGGUUCCCAGCUCUUCCCUAUAAAGCGAAUGGACUGCUACAAUGUGGUGAAGGAUAGCUGGUAUUCCAAGCUAGGACCUCCAACACCUCGAGAUAGCCUUGCAGCCUGUGCUGCUGAGGGCAAAAUUUAUACAUCUGGUGGUUCAGAAGUGGGAAAUUCUGCACUGUAUUUAUUUGAAUGCUAUGACACAAGAACAGAAAGCUGGCACACAAAGCCCAGCAUGCUGACUCAGCGAUGCAGCCACGGCAUGGUAGAGGCGAACGGUCUCAUUUAUGUAUGCGGAGGAAGCUUGGGAAACAAUGUUUCUGGAAGAGUCCUAAGUUCCUGUGAAGUUUAUGAUCCAGCCACUGAAACGUGGACAGAAUUGUGCCCAAUGAUUGAAGCCAGGAAGAAUCAUGGUCUGGUGUUUGUAAAGGACAAAAUUUUUGCUGUGGGUGGACAAAAUGGCUUAGGUGGCCUUGAUAAUGUAGAAUACUAUGAUAUCAAGAUGAAUGAAUGGAAGAUGGUGUCUCCAAUGCCAUGGAAAGGUGUAACAGUGAAGUGUGCUGCUGUGGGAUCUAUAGUUUAUGUCCUGGCUGGCUUCCAGGGAGUUGGUCGAUUAGGGCACAUUCUUGAAUAUAAUACCGAGACAGACAAGUGGACAGCCAACUCCAAAGUCCGUGCUUUCCCAGUGACAAGUUGUUUAAUCUGUGUUGUAGACACUUGUGGGGCAAAUGAAGAAACUUUAGAGACCUGAAGACCUGAUGCUGAGACAUUCUUCAAGGACUUGGGGAAAGAUGGCUAUUGGUGCUUUGCUUCCAUGUUUUACUGAGUCUCGUUAAGCUGAGUAAUAGGAAACACUGAGAUGCAGUCGUUCAAUUUGUAUA